AUGGACGACCGACCCUUUAACCUGCAACCGCCAGCGGCGAAGCCAAGAGGCCCUCAAAAUAUCGCUGAAUUCUGGGCCCGGGCACGCUCACAACCUGGCGGCAUCCAAGCCAUGGUAGCAGCUCGAAGAGCCGCCGCUGCUGAACAGAAAGAUGGUCAGAAUGAUGUUGAAAUGACAGAUUCCAACGAGGCCGAGGAACCUGCCGAGACCGAAGCUGAGGAGUCGACCGAAACCCCGGAUAUUAACGCCGUACGGGCUGAACUCCUUCAACAAACCCAAGCCGCCCUGGCAACAUCAAACUGGGCCCUCGACUUCCUUUCCCUGCUAAUCUCCAGGGAGAUGCCGACUCAAGCUACCAGCACACUCAGCCAAGAAACACGCGCGACUGUUGGUCUCGGUACCCUAGGCGCCACCAUGCUCGCAGCGCCCACCGCCCUGGCCCAGUCAAGAGAGACGGAGAUGAGAAUGACAGCUAUAGGCCAACGAUACCUGGCGUUGGACAACUGCAUCAGCAUGGCGAAGCCUGCACAGUCAAGAUUAGAACACCAGAUCCAGGCUGAGGAGAAGUACUGGGCCGAGGUGUCCACAGUCAAGGAAGCCGGCUUCAGAGUUGCUCGCAUGGCUCAGGAACCACAAACCAUGUGUGUCAGCUUUGGCUUCUUGAACGCCGCCCCAGAGUUCAAGAACAGCGGGAUUGCACCGCUGAGAAGAGCCGACGAUGGGUCCGUCAAGUUGGAGCUCGGAAGAAGGGGCGGUGGAUCUCGGCGCAUACGCGUAAGGAUUCUCGAGAACGACAAGGUUGUCGGACAAUCGUCGUUGCCGGAUCCGUUGCCAGAAAACGCAACACUUGUCGACCGUGUCAAGGAUGCACGCAAUACCAUUUUUGCUCAAGAGCUGUGGCAUGAGAUCAACAGAGAAGCGAGAACGCUUGGCGGCCGCAAUGUGCGGAUGUCCAGAUCUUCUGUCACGUACGCCAUGAGUCCAACCUCGACCAUGUCGGUCGAGCUUGCCUCGCUGGAGGAAGAGAAUGCAAAGGACACAGCAGGCUCACCAAGACCAAAAGACGAUGUCGCCGAAACGUUGAGCCUAGCCUUGGCCCUACAGCUUUCCCACGCCCACAAAAUCAAUGAAAGGCGGCGGGAGGACAGGAACGCGGUUCAAACCUCGGCUCCGGUGUACUCCCUCCUCGGCCCCAUCGUCUCGUGGUUCGAACACGAUAGGAACAUCGCCCAAUUCAUCCAGCAUCUCCUCGCCUAUUCAAAGGCUCUACGCUCCGCCGGCCUGCCCGCUUCAGUUCUCGUAAGGGAACCGCCGGUCCGCACACCACCCGGCGCGGGCACAGCAGCUGACUCGGAAAAUAUCGGCCCGGUAUUGUACAGCCCUUCAGCGGUGGAGUUUGACGUGGACAUCACGCCUCAGUCUCGACUGAGGGUGAUGGUCAAACCUCCCCAGUCUGACGGCCCUCGUUUCGCUGUGUGGACUUUACCGUCACCGCCAUCGUCGCAGCCGGGGAGUGGGAAUCCGCUGCAGAGCGUGUUUCCGCCCAGUCCGGACGAGUACUUUGAUGCUAAUGACGCGUUGUGGUAUAUCAACGGGGCUGUGCCGAGGGCGUUGACGGCGCAUUCCAUGUUGGUGCUGGAGGGGUUGAAAGGGAACUCCUCUUCGGGGGAGGAGGGUCUCGCGAGGUGGGCUACGAGGUCGGAUGAGAAGGGGUUGGUGGAUGAGACGGGGGGUUUUGGGAUCGGGUUUGAGUUUACCUUUAGUGAGGGUGGUCCUGAGUUGAGGGUGACUGGGGCUUUUGCGGAAGGGGGGGAGAAGGUCAGCAGGCAGUGGGUUUGGGGUUUGGGGAGUCAGGCGGGUGAGGCUCUGGAGGAUGUGGUCAGGCAGGUGCUCUCUAGCUGUCUUGAUACUUAG